AUGUUGAAUGAUGAUCUUUUAAUAUCUUCAUCUCCCGAGUCGAUCAUUCAUUAUGUGAAAAUCGAGCCGAAUUUCCUCCCAAAUGCCAUUGUGAAACUUUUCUCUCACACAGCCGCUCUCAUUCUCUAUAUUUUGAUUAUUCUAGCAGCCGGGACGGUACGGGAAAGGUACAAACACACAAUCAUUUGCCAUUGUGCGAUCUCGAUUUGGGCGCUCAGCAGUAAUGUGCUGAUGUUUGUACUAUACUUGAGUGUCGCCAAAAAGACCGAUUUCUACAUCUCAAUCGAAGCCUGUUCGAUCAUCAGAAAACUUUUGUGGAUUCACACAAAAGGACAACUUUGUUUACUAGCUUUAGACCGAUACAUGACUGUUUGUAAACAGAAACCGAUCCCAGUGAAAAUCUUAUGGUUCCUCUACGCACUGAUCCCAAUCCAAGAAUACGCGAUCAAAAUAUUCGAUUACUCUUUCGGGAAUCCCGUUCACGAUGUGAUGUGCACUGAAGUUUAUCGGAUGAAAAACUCGCUUGAAAUCGGCGCUUUGUCAAUCUGGAUUCUCAUUUUCCUUUCUUCACUCAUCAAUCUCCGAGUCCUCAUCUAUAUUCGAGGAAAGCAACGACAGCUCAAAGAUAAUAAAAGCAUCAAAAAAUCUCGAAAGCUGAUGAAAAUGGAGAGACGACUGACGAUUGUCUAUUUCUUGCUGACAAUCGUGCCCGUUCUUCAGAUUAUCCCCGGUUUUGCCGCUGGUGCAAUCAAUAAAUUGUUUGGAGCGAAAAAUCAGGUGAUCUGGAUGAUUUGUUUCGGGAUCGGCUCCCUCUCGCAAUUAUUCCAAGCUCUUCUCAUCAUUUUCUCCAUUCGAUCGAUUAAAAGACGGAUUUUAGCGAUGUUCAGCUUCACCCCUCUUUUCCGUCAUCGUCGUCUUUCCACGGAAACUCCUUCGAAUACAAUGCCCCAAUCGACCAUUGGAGGACCCGUAAAAUUGACGGAUACGCCGAAAGAAAGGGAAUUCGCGAAACUCCUCAACUCUGAGCUCAUCAAAUUACAGGUCACCCCCGGUUUGAGUCUUUUCGCGGUCGGCGGGAAGCAAACGAGCAAAAUU